UUUGUUGGAUUGAAUAGACAAAGGACAGCUAACGUACAUCGCCAUUCACCAACCAGUGUUCCUAGACUCAGUCACUCCAUUCUUGUUCAGAAAAUAAGCUCCCAAAUUUCUCUACAUUUUUUUCUCAACUAAACUCUUUCUUUCUUCCUCUCCAUUCUCAUUGCUUUUUCCUUUAGAAUCUGACAAAUUUGUCAUUGUCAUAUCUAUUUAUUGUGUAAGGUUUGGAAAUUCUUUUAGGAAUAGAAAUUAUCUUGUUUAACUUAUUUUAGGCAGAUGGGCAUAUCGUUUUCCUGUCCAUUUGCCAAUUUGGAUGAUUUGAAUAGUAGGUUGGAGUCGUAUUUAGUGAGAACGAUAAGUUUUGGAAGUGACGGUAGGACUGCAUUGCAGCCUAUAAAUUUCGACAACCAAAAUCCUGAACAGUCAAAAAUGUUGAGGUCUUUGGGUUCUGGGAAGAUGAUCAUUGAAGGAACUCUUAGUUUUAAAAGGAGGGAAUUGGAGGCUAAGUUGGCACUCAAGUCUCCUGUAUUUGAUAAGGAAGAUAAGAUGAUGAUAAGAUCAGACAGCCGUAGGAGCAGGGACGAAACUCCUGACAAAUUGCAUAGCAUCUCUGAGAAGAAUAGUCAGAUUGUGCCACCAGAAUACGGUGAACACAGAGAUCGUGCUGCCUUAAAGUUGCAGAAGACAUACAAAAGUUUUCGGACUCGUAGGCAACUAGCAGAUUGUGCUGUUCUAGUAGAGCAAAGAUGGUGGAAGCUAUUAGAUACUGUUGAACUCAAGCAUAGUUCUAUAUCAUUCUUUGACAUUGAGAAACCUCAAACUGCUGUUUCUCGUUGGUCUAGAGCAUUAACUAGAGCUGCUAAGGUUGGUAAAGGUCUGUCUAAAGAUGAAAAGGCCUGUAAGCUUGCAUUACAACAUUGGCUUGAAGCAAUUGAUCCCCGGCAUCGUUAUGGUCACAAUCUUCAAUUUUAUUACAAUAACUGGCUCCAAGCUGACAGUAAACAGCCCUUCUUUUAUUGGUUGGACAUAGGUGAUGGUAAAGAAAUAAAUCUUGAGAAGUGCCUUAGGUCAAAACUUCAUCAACAAUGCAUCAAGUAUCUCGGUCCGAUGGAGAGAGAGGCAUAUGAAGUUGUGGUGGUGGAUGGAAAAUUCAUCUACAAGCAGAGCGGGAAGCUUCUUGAUACAAGGGGAGGCCCUCAAGAUGCCAAGUGGAUCUUUGUGCUAAGUGUGUCCAAGAUCUUGUAUGUCGGAUUGAAGCAGAAAGGCACUUUUCAGCAUUCGAGUUUUUUGGCUGGUGGUGCUGCAUUGUCUGCUGGGAGAUUAGUAGUGGAAGAUGGUGUUCUAAAGGUGGUGUGGCCUCACAGUGGACAUUAUCUUCCCACAGAGGAGAAUUUUGAAGAAUUUAUGUCAUAUCUUGAGCAACAGAAUAUCGACAUCAGUGUUAUCCAGAAAUCGCCCAGUGAUGGGGAAGAAGCACCUUUUAUAAGGAAAGAGAGUGGUUCCAGUCUGCGUAAUAGUUUAUCGGCACCAGAUUUCACCAAAUCUAGUGAAGAGAGCAAUGCCAAAAGCUCAGACAGGGAGAAGGCAGAUUCUACUAGAAAGUAUUGCAAGGACGCAGAGAGUUCAAUGCCACCAUUGUCGAGACGAUCCCGAGGAUUAAGACCCCAAAUUGCAGUAGAAAUACCAGUAAAGGAAGGCAUACUUGAGCUGUUCAAGAAGGCAGGACAAGUGGAAGCGCCAAAGGACAGCAUGCAGCAGUCAGUGGAAACUCCUGCAGAUGGAUACGAAACAGCAGAAGAAUAUUUAUCAGAUACAGAGUUGUCAGUUUCAAAGAAGAACUUAUUUGAUGAAAAUGAAGAAGAGUAUGGAGAACCUAUCCCAAAAGAGAAGAUAAUGAAGAGAAUAAAUUCACACAAAAGAAUGAAGUCAUAUCAGUUGGCUAAUCAGUUAUCAUGCAAAUGGAGUACAGGAGCUGGACCUCGGAUAGGAUGUAUGAGGGACUAUCCAUCAGAGCUCCAAUUUCGCGUCAUGGAGGAGGUGCAAUUGUCUCCAAGAUCUCCAUUCAAAUCUGGUCGACUUCAUACUUGUACACUUUUUUCUAGAGAAGCAACUGAGGAGAAAAGACCUCCAGGUUCUGAAACACUAGUAUAUACUGAAUUAGUAGAGUAGGGGCAUAUAUGUUGAUCAGUAGUUAGGAGGAUAACAAAUAUUUUCUUUCUUUAGGAAAUUUCUGGUAGGAUUCUUUGCAGUUUAGGAUUUUUAGGUGUAUUUGAUUGAUUGAUUCUUUACAACUCCCAUUUAGAUUUUUGAAGCAAGAUGUAGCCAUUCUUCUGUACAUUAUACAGAAGAAAAAGAUUAAUAAAGUCUUGAUACUUAUUGGGUACCAA